UGAGUGAAAUCACACGUCCGAGUCACAAAAUACCCACGAACUCUUGUUUGGGAGUUUUUUGAGCAUCAGCAUUUUUUGUUGUGAGGUUUCCUUUAGUUUAUGAUUAAAAGAGUGGUAGAAUAUUAACUUUAAGUCGGCUUUAAGUCCAUAAAUGUUGGAGGUUUUGCAUUCGUGCAGCCACAGAGCAGAGAAGAGGAGAGUGGGACGGACUUGGAUGUGAGACAGGAGCUUUCGAUGUCCCAGUAAGGAUCCAAACACACCAUCAACAAAAAGCAACAUGACAAAGAAACUAUGUGGGACCAAUUAUCCAACCAGCAUCUGCUUCAUAGUGGUGAACGAGUUCUGUGAACGCUUCUCCUACUAUGGCAUGAAAGCAUUGCUGACGCUUUACUUCCUUACUUACCUGGGCUGGGACAAGGAUCUCUCCACAGCUAUCUACCAUGCUUUCAGCAGCCUCUGCUAUUUCACACCCAUCCUGGGAGCCAUCAUCGCUGACUCCUGGUUGGGAAAAUUCAAGACCAUCAUAUACUUGUCCCUUGUGUAUGUGGUCGGCCAUGUGGUCAAGUCAGUCGGAGCCAUUCCCACUGUGGGAAGUAAGGAGGUUCACAUUGGUUUGUCCAUGACUGGUCUGAUACUCAUUGCCUUCGGUACUGGAGGAAUCAAACCCUGCGUAUCAGCCUUUGGUGGAGACCAGUUUGAUGAGGAGAAUAUCUCAGAGAGGCAGAAAUUCUUCUCCAUUUUCUACAUGUCUAUAAAUGCUGGGAGCCUUCUGUCCACUAUAAUCACACCCAUACUGAGAGGUGAUGUGAAGUGUUUUGGUCAUGAUUGCUACGCUCUGGCCUUCGGGGUUCCUGCUAUUCUGAUGAUUGUAGCUACAGUUGUGUUCAUUGCUGGCAGUAGCUUGUACAAAAGGAAUCCUCCCCAAGGAAAUGUACUGCUGGAAGUCUGCAGAUGCAUUGGAUUUGCCAUCAAAAACCGCUCAGUAAGAUCAAAGCAUGACCCUCCAAGGAAGCACUGGUUGGAUUGGGCAGAGGAGAAGUAUUCGAAGCGUUUGAUUCAGGAGAUUAAGAUGGUUCUGCGAGUUUUGGUGCUCUUCAUUCCACUUCCGAUGUUCUGGGCUCUGUUUGAUCAGCAGGGUUCCCGUUGGACUCUUCAGGCCACGAGGAUGAACAUGGCUUUUGGAGAUUCCUUCUCUAUUAAGCCAGACCAAAUGCAAAUGCUGAACGCUCUGCUGAUUCUUAUAUUUGUGCCCAUCUUUGAUCUCAUUAUAUAUCCGCUUGUUGGCCUUUGCAGGAUCAAGAUCACGCCUCUGCGGAAAAUGGCCAUGGGAAUGAUUUUUGCAGCUCUGGCCUUUGGAGCAGCCACAGUGGUCGAAGUGAAUGUUGUGGAAAGUGUGGUGAAUCCUGCCCCAACUGGAAAUUGUCUCAUGCAGGUGUAUAACCUGGCAGGAGGUGAUGUGAGCGUGAGCAUUGGUUCAAGUAACCCGUUUACUGCUCCCAUCAAACACCUUCAGGACCCUCCAAAAUAUGAGACUGUCACGAUAGGAGCACACAGCAAACACAUCCCGGUUCAAGUCACCUUUAACGGAGAAACCACUAACUGUGUAGAGGAGUUUGAAGAGAAGAAGGCCUACAGUCUGAUUGUAGACUCUGACAUUACUGGUAUCCAGUGCAAACUUGUUGAAGAUAACAUAAAGAAAACUGAGGAUGGAAAUCCUUAUCUGAGGUUCCUAAACAAAGGACCAGAUGAUAUUACGAUACUUGUCGGAGAAGUGGAGUUCUUCGUUCCCUCUGGUGUCAUGUCGAUGAACAAGAGCGUUGAUCGAGGAGAAUACCCUGAUGUAACCUGCACCACAGCAUCAAAGACCUGCCCUAAGCUCAAUCUGGGCCUGCUGGACUUUGGAGCCUUGUACACUGUUAUACUCUUGGAGGAAUCAGGUAAAAUAGUUCCUCACACGAUGGAGGAUGUGAAAGCUAAUGAUGUGCACAUCGCAUGGCAGAUCCCUCAGUACGUCCUCAUAACUGCAGGAGAGGUCAUGUUCUCCAUCACAGGCCUCGAGUUCUCCUACUCACAGGCUCCAGCCAACAUGAAGUCAGUCCUGCAGGCUGGCUGGUUGCUCACAGUUGCAUUUGGGAAUGUGAUAGUGCUGAUUGUGGCAGAGGGAGCGGGACUGGAACAGUGGAUAGAGUUCCUCCUAUUUGCUGGCCUGCUGUUGGGCGUUUGCAUCAUUUUCUCAAUCAUGGCUUCCUUCUACACCUAUGUCAAGCCUGAAGAGCUAGACAAGAUCUUCCUGGAGGACUCAGGGAAGGGGGAGGACGACCAAGAGGACUUGAAGCAAAAUAGCGAUGACAUGCAGCUGAACAAAACAGGGAAGGGCACCAGAUUGUAACAUUACCAGAUUAUAAAGACUACUUUUUCUGCUGUUGCUACAUUGAUUUAGCUUCAAAUAUGAGAUACAUCUAAAAUGUAAGGAUUUGACAUUUCUUGUGUUUAUAGAAGUCCUGCCUUUCUUUAUACUCCAGUCACUUCUAAUUUUAACCAGAGAACAAGGACAUAUUGUCUGAUUGAGACUGAAUACAUGAAAUAGUGUGUCAAAGUGGUCUUAAUGUUGUCUUUUCUGCUCCAUGAUCAAGUAUUAUUACAAAUUAAUGUUCAGCAUUAUAUUUUAUUUGUUUCAUAUAAACUCCAUGUAAGAAUUUUUUUUCUGUGAUGCUUAAAUAAUUACAAGCUGUAUAGCCUUUGACAAAAGAUGUUGGAGGAAUAAUUCAGUUUACAUUGCGUGCCUUCAAAUAUGAUAUUAAAGGACCAUAGCUAGUGCCAGUUUUGCAUGUUAAGAUCAAAUUUAUUAUGGUAAACCUUUUGUGUAUAAUCAUUUUGACAUUUAGCCUUUGCUAUUCUGGCUAUCACCAUUAUUUUAUUUAUAGUGGAAAGUUGUAUCUGGAUAAAUGUUUUGAUAGUAAUUGCUAGCGGUGCAAACACACUGUCCAUCUCCACAGCUAGUUUGAUGACUUGAAUUAAGAAGUCUUUUUAAAAAAAAUCUGCCCUCCAUAAAAUUAAGUUGUAUGGAUGAUUUUGACCUAAAAAGCUGUUAAAAAGUGGCACCACUAGAAGGAGCAGCCCAUAGAGAAAGCUGACAUAUCUUGAGGUAUGGACCAGGCCGCUGGGGAUGCUAGAUAACUUUUUUCACCCUUGUUAUGCCAAAAUCAUUCACAGCAAGAAGAUGCACAGGAAAUUCCCAGACAGGGCCUUUCUGUGUGGAGUUUAGAUGUUCUCCCCGUUGACUUGUGGGUUCUUUCUUUGUACUACAGCUCCCUCCCACAGAUCAAAACAUACUUGCUAGGUCAAUUGGUGACUCUAAAUUGCCUGGAGGUAUGAGUCUAAGAGUGCCAGGUUGUCUCUAUAUGCCAUCCCUGUGAUCGACUGGCACCAUGUCUCGGGUGUACCUCACCUAUUGCCAAGUGUCAGCUGGGAAUGGCUCCAGCUACCCCCGACCCUGGAUGGGAUAAGUGGUGUAGAAAAUGGAAAGAUAUGGUGGACCUAUAGCCUCUUGGCAAACACCUCCAGUCGUAUCAGCCAUGCCCCUAGAAAUGCACAAGUUUUGUCAUUGGCCUCGCUUGAGUUGGAGGCAGGAACAGCUACAAAUUUCUGCUUGUAGAGUCAACAUCAGGAGGUGGCAGUUUCUUCCUAUGCAGGAACAAAAGAAAUCAGUCCUUAGUUCAGUCAGGACCACUUUAAUAGCAGUUAUUAACUUGUACAUAUUGCCGUUAUUAAUAUUUGGCAGAGUGGCUGUUCUGGGAUCCCCCUGCCCUUCCACGACACCACGUGGAAAGCAUCAAGCAGGAACAGCUUGCCUACAAGAAAAGCCUGAGGCAGGAAGAGAAGCAUCAAAAAGCCCGUCCCAGAGCAGGCAUCAAUGACAACAGAAUGACACUGAUUGGGUCAGAAGUAGAUACAGGAGGAGCUGGGGUGGAGGAGGGUUGCAAAAAGUGUCUUACAGAGUAAGGAGAAAAGCGUAGCCUGGCUAGAGCAUUUUUAAUAUGGCAGCAUGAGUGUGAUUAGCCAAUAGCGUGCCAAGAGCAAAUCAGCUGCCUGUUAGCUGAUGUGGGCUUGAGUGAGAUCAGCUGAGCUCAAUUAUAUGGCAGCACUCGACUGCAGCCUGCCUGAACUAAUGCAAUAAGCUCAAUUUUUACAAAAGUUUGCUAAUUGUCUGCUGACUGGAUUUGGUUUUCAGCAACGCCUAUACUUCAAAUAGUUUAAGUAUAUUUUUAUAUUUAGCUCCAUUAAAUAAGCAGGAAGGACUUACUAAGAUGUGAAAAAUUGCCACAUGCAAUGUUGAUGUCUGAAAUAUUUUUUUUUCUUUUGCUCAAACAUGCAAAACCCACAGAAUGGUCCUUUAAAGUCAUAAGAUACUUGAUGGAUUUUUUGUGAAUCAUGCUGCUCCUUAUAUAGUUCUGUAAAUAGACUGAUGUGAUGCUGAAAGUUGUUUAUGUGCUGUUUUUAAUUGAGAAAGAUUAAAAUGUACCUUGUUA